UUGAAGGGUGGAACACUCCAAAAUGGCGAUCUUCAGUAUUUAUGUUAUCAACAAGGCUGGUGGACUUAUUUAUCAACAUGACCACAAUGCGGCUCGCCCGGAGGUGGAAAAAACUUUCAGCUAUCCUCUUGAACUUCAAUUAAAGGUCUUUGACGACAAAAUUGUCGUGGCUUUCGGUGAAAGAGAUGGGAUAAAAGUUGGUCACACAGUGCUAGCUAUAAAUGGCAUUUCAUCAGAAGGCCGUUACCUGAAGGAUGGUCGUGACAUUUUAGAGACAGUUGCAAUGGAGGAAAACUAUCCAAUCAGCAUCAAGUUUGGGCGACCAAAACUUACCACCAAUGAAAAGAUAAUGUUGGCCAGCAUGUUUCAUUCUUUGUUUGCUAUAGGAUGUCAGUUGUCACCUGAGCCUCAGUCAUCAGGCAUUGAGAUACUCGAGACAGACACAUUUAAGCUACAUUGUCACCAAACAAUGACAGGCAUCAAGUUUGUGAUACUAACAGACCCCAAGCAAGCAGCAGUGGAUGGGCUGUUAAAGAAGCUGUAUGAAGUAUAUGCAGACUUUGCCCUGAAAAAUCCUUUUUACUCUCUGGACAUGCCAAUCAGAUGUGAACUGUUUGAUGAAAAUUUAAAGGCUGCUGUUGAACAGGCAGAAAAAACUGGACAGGCCAAUGUAUAGAUGGAUGUGUAUAUGUGGAAGGAUGUGUGUGUGUGUUUGCACGUGUGUGUGUGUGUGCCUAUGUCUACAUGGAACAGUAAGCUUGUAAUUAGCAUGAUGGAUAUGCAAGUAUGCAUGUCAGCAAAUCAUAAAGAUAGACAAUACCUUUAACUUCAAAGGGACAUGGAUUAAUGAAAAAAGAUUUUUACAAGACUGAGCACAAAGGAAAAAAAUCUGAGAUGGUUUUGACAAUAUAAUGAGUGAGAAAUAUGUGAAUAGAGUUUGUAAGGGGAAAUUAACAUUUAUAGAGAUGUGUUUGGAUGGUCAUUCGUUGAUAUGCAAAGAGUACUUGGUGCUGCUGAUGCAGAAUGGUUUGAUGUACAUUCUUAGGUAAUAAAAGCAUGUAGUUUGUAAAAUUGCUGAUAUCAAUUAAUAAAAUAUGGCACUUUG